AUUUCAAAUUCUCAGUUUCUUUUUAGAUUUCGGACAAGGUAUACUUUAAAAUUAAUUUUUCUCCUUAUUCUGUAAAUACAAAAUGGCAACUAUUGGUAAAGUUGGUAAUAUCUCAAGAUGUUUGGCCAAAGUUUUGAUGAGACGCAGUUUUGCCACGCUACGUCCAUCGCGUGCAAUUUUCGAUGUGGAGACCACAAAGGACUUUGAGAAGAAGGUCGUGCAAAGUGAUAAGCCAGUGGUAGUUGAUUUUCAUGCUAGUUGGUGCACUCCCUGCAAGGCUUUGGCUCCUCGAUUGGAGAACAUUGUGUCCGAGCAGCAAGGUCAAGUACGUUUGGCACGCGUCGAUGUGGAUGAACAUUGCGAAUUGGCAUUGAACUAUAAUGUCGGAUCGGUGCCCUCUCUUCUGGUGAUGCACAAUGGAAAGGUUAUUAAUCGUAUGGUUGGUCUACAGACCACUGAAUACAUACGGGAUUGGCUUAAGAAAGUUAUGACAUCCGCUUCAGAUUCAUCAGAAAAGUAGUGACAAAGAGAGAGGAGUGCAAAUGGUUCAUGGGAUUAAAGUUUGAUUAAAAAUUAAAAAAAAAGAAAACAUUUUGUUCAUCCAUCAUCAAA